GGUUUACCUUUGAUGCACACCAAUGCACAAAGUAGAUUUACAUUUCUUAAAGGGAGAACAAUCAAGACUAUAUUUGUCAAUGUUAGCAACAGUCAUUAUUUAUUGAAGUAUAAUAAUUAAACCGACUGUAGAACUAAAGGCAAAUCAGUAUACAUGUCUACAAUAAAAGGGAUUUUGGAAGUGUACUUGGAGUACGGAGACGUCGUUCAGUAUUCUUAAAUUAAGAGUAUGUCAAUCCUCAUAAGGAAUUACAGGCUCAUAAUGUGAGGAAUUGAGGACAAUUGAUAUGAACGGAAUUUGUUGAUUUCUUACUCAACCAUGAAAAUAGAUUAUUUAUAUCUUUAAGAAGAUGCAGAUAGCAGCUAGUCAUGAGGACAAUUUCAUUAUUCAGCAAACGAGGAAGUUUUAGUGUCAUAUGUCUUAUUACAUUCUUUAUGUUUGUUAUAUUCUUUUUGCAAACACAACAAAAGAUCAAUGUUAUUCAAUCAGAUGGCCAUGUGAUAAACUACAGAAGACAAGCGACAGAGCAGACACACCCAAAACCUCUUCCGGAAACAAUCACAUUUGUAUCAACAACUUCUUUACCGGUUAUUCAAACAGACAAGCAUGAGGUCAAGUUUAGAAGACCAAUAGCACGAAACAGAUCUCCACAAUCCCCACUGCCAACUUCAAUCAUGUGUUUAGUUCUCACAACAAGUAAUACUUUACUUUCUAAAGCUAAAGCUGUAAAUGAUACAUGGGGAAGACGUUGUAACAAGACUAUUUUUUUCACAAACAGACCGAGUACAAUACAGAAUGUCGUUUACUUGGAUUUAGCUAAAGAUGGCCGAAAACAUCUUACAGAUAAAGUUGUUCGGAUAUUUGAAUAUGUACAUAAACAAUUUACAGAAUAUGAUUGGUUUUUGAAAGCCGAUGAUGACACAUACGUUAUUUUGGAAAACUUGAGACAUUUUUUAUCAUUUUUUAAAAGUAAAGAACCAGUUUAUUUGGGUCAAAACUAUAAAUUGUACACUAAACAAGGAUAUAAUAGUGGUGGUGCAGGGUAUAUUUUAAGUAAGGAAGCUUUAAACAAACUUAUGUUUGGGAUUAAAUAUAAAAAUUGUCCGAAGGAUGGCAAAGAUGAAGAUGUGGAUAUUGGUAAGUGUUUGGAUAGACAAGGUGUCCCAGUAUAUGAUACAACAGACAAAUUCAAUCGAGAAACAUUCCAUGGUGGAACUAUUGAAGACCAUAUGGUAGGACCAUUAUCCGAUUUACUAAAAAAGUAUCCUAGUACACCGGCCAAAACGGGUAAAGACUGCUGCAGUACCAAUACAAUAACCUUCCAUUAUGUUUCACCGAAGAUGAUGUAUAUAUUGGAUAUCUUUCUAUACCAUUUGACAGUGUACGGACGCAACUAUAGCAGCAGCCAAAAUGCUUUUGCUUUAGACCAAUACCGUGAAAUGUCAUGAAUGGAUUAAGAUAGGGAAUCAAAUGAAAAGAACAGGAUGAGUUAUUGUAAGGACACAGCUAGGACUCCAAGUGCAACUGUUAAAGGGGAAUGUGUUUUCGGCACUUACGUUUGGUAAAACGACUGCAUUGCGUUUUAGUCUGUGAUAAAUAACUUUAGUUUAUAUACUUUCUAUUUAUCCGAAAUCAAAAAAAGAUACAAUAUUCAACAUUUAUUUAAUUACAAACGAUAAACUAAUUAAAGAAACGCAAAGACGACAUAUGAUGAAGUUAUUCGUGUUUCAAUAAAUACUGCUAUACAAUUAAUGAUCAAUGAAUUAAAACAGCUUCGAAAGCAAACGAACGAAUUCUUCGGAAUAAAGUGUAAUUUAAUGUACAUAGUUUGGGUAAAGCAUUAAUUUGUAUUUCGAAAUCAAAUCAUACCUGUAAAGAAAUAAAUAUUUUUAUCUUUG